ACCAUAUCCAGUUCCACCAAAGGACAUCACACGGGCCAAGGUAUAUCACCUGAAACAUCUUCAUCGUGGCGUUCAAAGCAACCCUUCGCAAAAUGACAAACUUUAACCUCAGCGUCACCUCAGAUACAGUGUGUCCAUGGUGCUACGUCGGCAAGAAGCGCCUGGAGAAGGGCAUCGCAGCCUACAAGGAGAGACACCCGAACUCCAACGAUACGUUCUCUAUCAACUGGUUUCCUUUUUACUUAAAUCCAGAUGCGCCGAAAAGUGCCGACAAGCAGCAAAUGUACGAGUCCAGAUGGGGUAAAGAGCGAACACUCAUAAUGCAGGAGAGAAUGUCGCAGACCGGCGAAGCUGAAGGGAUUCACUUCAAGUAUGGCGGCAAGACUGGCAACACGCGUGAUUCGCAUCGCCUUGUCCAGCUUGGAAAGACGAAGGGAUCUCAGGUCCAGACCCGCGUCAUUGAAGAGCUCUUUGCCGCUUACUUCGAAAAUGAGAAAGACAUUACGAGCCAGCCGACCUUAAUCGAGGCAGGUGUGAAGGCAGGGCUAGAAGAGAAAGAGGUCAAGGAUUGGCUAGAAGGUGGAAAGGGAGGGGCCGAGGUCGAUAAGGAGGUGCAGAAUGCGCGCAAACAGAACAUCAGCGGAGUGCCAAAUUACAGGAUCAAUGAUCGGUUCGAAAUCGGUGGCGCACAGGAGCCGGCCGCCUUUGUGCAGCUAUUUGAGCGGUUGAAGAAAGAGGAGGGUAGUGCUUAAGAGACGAGAUACAGAGGCUAAUAUUGUAAACCUAGAACUUUAGUGAUGAUAGCAUGUUUCACAAUUAAGGUUUUACUGGUUGUCAGUCACUUCUGACCUGCGU